CGUCAUCAAGAGUCGACAGUGCGACGCGAAUUCACGGCAGCUCAUGCCAUCUAUAUUUUUGUUUAAAAAAAAUUACACUGUAUUUGUGAUAUAUUAUAUGAUUUAUUCAAAGACCUAACCAAGCACUAAACCGAUAGAAACGAGUGUCACAUGGAAACCACAGCGGUGUCUCUGUCUUUGUUUUGUUCGUGACAUUGUCUGAAAUCUCGUCUCUGGGAGCUUUAUAAGAUGGUUAAAUUACACGACAGCUACAAAAGGUUUUUGCAAAUAUAUACAUUGUCCUCAAACAUUAUAGGCACACCACUUUUGGCUAGCAGAUUUGUUCCUGCACAUCAAAAUAGACAUGAAAUCCGCUUUAAGACUUCAGGUGCUGGUGAACGAGCUCUACAGGAGAGACAGAGGCAGCACAUGGCCAGAGGUUUGCCAAAACAAAAGCCCAUAGCUGGAGUCAAAGAGGUCAUUGUUGUUGCAUCAGGGAAAGGAGGGGUGGGAAAGUCCACAACAGCAGUGAAUCUUGCUCUUGGACUUAUGGCUAACGAUCAGAGUAAAUCGGUGGGUAUUCUAGAUGCUGAUGUCUAUGGCCCCUCCGUUCCAAAGUUAAUGAACCUAAAAGGAAACCCUGAAUUAACUGACAAGAACUUAAUGAGGCCACUUGUGAAUUUUGGAAUUCCUUGUAUGUCAAUGGGCUUUCUGGUUGAAGAAGUUGCACCUAUUGUGUGGAGGGGUCUGAUGGUGAUGUCAGCUAUUGAGAAACUCAUUAGACAGGCCGAGGCUUACAGAAGAGUUGCAGCUGCAGUAGUACGCCGACUAGCGGAGCAUCCAAGAUAA